AGUUCACUUUAAGUUGUGUAUAGCCUGUUUUAACAAAGUCAUGCUGGUGUAAAAUCAUUUAAAUGGAGAAUAGUGCGGAGUAUGACGCCUUGCUGCGGUCGGUGUUCGAUUCCUGUGACACAUCGGGCAACGGGUUAAUUAAUUCAACGGAAUUUGAAGAACUUUGUUCUCAGUUAUCACUGGAGAACGAAUCCAGCGUCCUGGCACGAUUCCUGUUCGAUUCGACCUCAUUAAUCGGGUAUGAGAAAUUCAAAGAGGGUCUCCUGCUGCUUCUGGAAGGUUCUUUGAGCGGAAAUGAUGUCAAACACGCAAAAAGCGACUCGCUCGAGUUCUCCGACGACGGUUACCUUGACAACGAAGAUUUAAACGACAAUAAUCUAAAAAAUAUUUCGGAAAAAAUCCGAUCCGAAGAUUCGGACUCGGAUGUUGGUUUCGGUGACGUAGUCGAGGAGAAAAGUUGGAUUGUGAUCGAUUUGAAAGAAUCAGAAAAUUCCAGAAAAUCUGAAAAACGGAAAUACGGACGAAGGUCUCGACCGGAUCUCGAAUUACUUGGAGAUAACGCAAUGGAUUCGUCAUCCAAUCAGAAUUCAGUUACCCACGUGACCAGCUGUGUGGAAUAUUACGCUGAUGGAGACGGCAGUGAUUGGAUUACACCUGACAUUGGCCCCUCCCCUGACACACCCACUUGCGACAGCCAAUUAGAUGCCGAGGACGCGUUAGGUGCAAUAUGGCUUGAAGUGAUUGGGAGUUUAGAAUUGAAUAUCAACGUAGGGGAACUCCAGAAACUUUACCACGCUUUGAACCUGACAAGUUCGUGCGGUGACGUACAACAACUAUUCGACGUUCUAGAUGACGAUAACGAUGGUCUCAUUAGCUUCAGUGACUUUGCGAGGCAAAUGGCUGUCUUUAUGACGUCACAGAGCGAAGACAAUAGUAUAAUCGAAUCGACGCCACAGCGACGACGAAGUUAUUCGAACAAAUCGCGUCAACCGGUUGAUUUGUCAACCCCGGAUUAUAGAAGCACCCCUCUUGUUACGUCACAGAACAACAGCCACGUCACGCCUACCUCGUUUAACAAUAACAAUACAAGUGGAUUUAUGUCGUCACAAUCACCCGAGGGGUCACCGGAUUCCAGCAAUGGUUCUAUGACGUCACAAGACUCAACAAUGGAGCAGAACUACGUUGGUAUCCCGCCGUAUCGACGUCGACAACGUGGAAGUCAAAACGGGACACGUCAUAGUAAACGACGUAAUAAUAAGAUAGUUUCACUUCCGCAUUAUCAUCCAAUCAGCAGGCGACGUUUAGAAGACUCACCGCUUUAUUUUCUCACGGGUGGAAAUGGAAGGUACGUUGAGAUUGACAAGCUAAAGAAGAUUUGGUUCGAUGACGGAAUCGAGGAAUCGGAAGAAAUUCUGGAAAAUCUCGGAGUCAACAAAGAUGACUCCUUCAGCGUUGAGGUUUUGGGCGAAGCUUUGGAGACGGAACUAUCCGAGCAUUUGGUUCAUCGAGCGAUUUGCUGCUUGUAUAAAGGAGGCAUCAGACACUACCGUUCCAUCCAAGAGCAAGGGUCAACUGAUUCUUCCCGGAGUCGAUCCGUGGUUGAUAAUUUGAACAUCCAGCUCCAAGAUCAGGAGGAGAGGAUUGAGAGGAUGGAGGAGGAAACGAGGAGGAAAAUGGAAGACGUGAAGGAGCAGUAUAAGACCGAACUGAACGAACUGCAAACCCGACUUAGUAAAGCUCACGACCAGAUCGAGCAACAAAACGAGGACGAGUCGAAGAAACUACGAUGCGAGGUAGAUCGACUGAAAGUGUUGGAGCAAACACUGCGCGAAGAGAUCGCGACUUUAGAAGCCGAGAACAAUCGCCUUGUAUCUGUCAAUCAUCAAGUUGAAUCGAGGUUACAUGCCGCUGAGUCGAAGGAGUAUCAAAUGCGGCAAGACUUCGACAUCGCCUACCGCGGGAUGGCGCUGUGCAACAAAUCCAACGACGAACAGCGCCACCACAUGGAGGUUUUGUUGGACCAGUUUAAACAAACAUCGAAGAAGUUGCAAGAUGAGAAUGAUGAGUUGAUGAACCACUUGAAGGUUGUUCAACGGAGGUGGAGGCUUGACGGGGAGCUGACGAUGUCGCGGCGGGCAUCUCGUGAAGAUGCUACGUCAUCACCUACGUCACCACGUACGUCAUCACCGACGUCGUCGUCAUAUAGCUUCGGUUUCGCCAAAUGCAGAUUAUCGUUAGGUGGCGACGAGGAGCAAUCACGUGAAAGCCGGAAACCACCUAACGAUUGUGACGUUUCACUCGAUUUUACAAACUCUGAUAUUUCCGAAGUCCUUGGGAUUUCCCCGCUCGGGAAACCCCCAAAUAAUUUUGUAAACGUAACAAAGUGCCCAUUAUGAAAUUUAUAUCAAAAGCUUUGUAGAGAAGCGUGCAAUUAACUUCCACUGUGCAUUAUGACGUCAGGUAAGGCUUUGUUACGAAUCCGAAAAGUUUUAAACGAAUCAUUUAAAAUCCAUUGUUACGAAAUAAAAGACAAAUAAGAUGA